UCCUCUCUCUCUCUCUCUCUCUCUCUCUCUCUCUCUCUUCAUCUGUCAUCAGACCAGAGCGCCAUGGCCAAGUCGAAGGAGCCGGAGUCAGAAGAAGAACCAUGCGUUCCCACCAAUAAGAGGCUGUACAACUUCCUCCUCGUUCUCUUGGGGUCGUCCCUCCUCAUCGCUUUCUGCUAUGAGCUCCUCUUCCCCUAUGGCUCCUCUGACAGCUCCCCUUCGAAGAAAGAAGCAUGUGAUCUUUUUUCUGGGAAAUGGAUCCAGGAUAGUUCUGAUACACCAUACACUAAUUCAAGCUGCAGUUUCAUAUCUAAUCCUCAAAAUUGCUUAACGAAUGGUCGGCCUGAUACUGGCUACCUUCAUUGGAGAUGGAAACCAUAUGAUUGUGAAUUACCUCCGAUGGAUACAAACAAGUUCUUGAAUAAAAUGAGAAGCAAAUCUUUAGCAUUUAUCGGUGACUCAAUCUUCCGCAACCAGAUGGAGUCAUUGCUUUGUCUUCUCUCAAAGGUCGAAGAAGCUAUUUUGGUCUAUCAUGACGAAAAAUUUCAAUCCAAAACAUGGUACCUUCCUUCGCACAACAUCACACUCGGACUAAUUUGGGCUCCUUUCCUAAUCAAAUCUACUGAAGCAAGGUCCAAGAACAAUAUUCAGCUUUAUCUUGAUGUGCUCGAUUAUGCUUGGACAAGCCAAUAUCACAAAUAUGACUAUGUAAUGUUGUCUGGUGGGCAAUGGUUCCUCAAAGAAACCAUAUUUUGGGAGAACAACACAAUCAUUGGCUGCCACGACUGCAUGGGGAAGAAGCUAAGGGAGCUCGGAAUGGACUACUCUUACCAAAAAGCACUUCGAUUAGUCUUCCAAUUCAUGAGCACCUCAGAACACAAGCCACUUGUGGUUUUGAAAACCUGGACUCCGAGCCACUUUGAGCAUGGGAAGUGGAACACCGGGGGGAUUUGCAACAGAACAGAACCUUUCAAAGAAGGGGAAUAUACUGCUGAUCCAGUGGAUGCGACAAUGAGAAAUGUGGAGCUAGAGACUUUCCAGGAAGGAUCGAACAAUGGGUUGCGUGUGAAACUCCUCGAUACGUAUCAUCUUUCACUGCUGAGACCUGAUGGUCAUCCAGGACCCUACAGAAGAUUCCACCCUGAUAUCAGUAAGAAACUACAGAAUGACUGUCUUCAUUGGUGCUUGCCUGGGCCAAUCGAUACCUGGAAUGAGAUGCUCAUGGAGAUUCUGAUGAAUGAGGCGGAACUGAGAUCUGCUUUCUAAAAAUAACCUAAUGAGCCUCUUCCAAGAGCCCAAGGCAUCCAUGAACUAGUUUGCUGGAUCAGGGGAGAGCUCAUGAUCCCAUGUGUUGUGGUUUAUUGGUGGAUUACAAUGAUGCCAAUAGAAAAGCUUCUGUACUCAUGCUUUUAAGAUUAAUUCUUUUUUGGAUAUUGGACAAAGUCAUUGUGUUGAAUUGCCUAGUGUCAUCUAAUUAAUGGAAUAAAAUAGAUCAAUGUCCUGCGUUGUCAUUAUUGGCUUCAAACAAAUAAAGGUCUUCAUCACCUUAUCUUUCUCA